UUUAAAUUAUAGUAAUUUAUGUUUUAGUAUAACUUAAAUAUAAACUAUAAAACAAAAUUAAAAAGGAAAUUAAAAAGAGGAAAUCUCACAUAUUCUCGUGAUUCUUUCUCUUUUUCCGGCCACCAUCGCAGUGAGGAGGCACCAUGACGAACUCAAAAGGAUAUCGCCGCGGAACGCGGUAUUUGUUCGCACGCUCGUUCAGACAGCGAGGUGUGACUCCUCUCAGCACGUAUAUGAAAACAUACAAACGAGGAGAUAUUGUAGAUAUCAAGGGUGAUGGAGCAAUCCAAAAGGGCUUACCUUUCAAAUACUAUCAUGGAAAGACUGGUCGUAUCUUCAAUGUCACUCAGCAUGCAGUGGGAGUGACAGUAAACAAAAGAGUGGGAAAUCGCAUUAUCCCCAAAAAAGUUAACAUCAGAAUUGAGCACGUUAAACACUCAAGCUGCCGCCUGGACUUCCUGAGCCGUGUCAAGCGUAAUGAGAAGCUGAAGAAGGAGGCAAAAGAGAAAGGUGUUCGUGUCCAGUGCAAAAGACAGCCACAGCAGCCAAGGGAUGGCCACUUUGUGUCCACAAAGAGAAACAAGCCUCAGUGGAUCCAGCCUGUUCCUUAUGAGAUAAUCGCAUAAAUUGUGUUUAAUAAAACCUUGGAACUGUGA